AGAGACAGAGCUACAGGUUGGACGAGUCACUACCUCGCAGCCACACCGAGGCUUUGGUGGAAAAGUUUCGGCAGCUGCUGAGCCCGUGAAGGCAUCAUGGUUGUGUCGAUGCGGAGCUGGGUCGCCAACGAGGGAGGAAAACACUUGGUCCUGAUGCUGUGGCUGGGAGCAAAUACCUGGCUCUUCCUAAAGACCUUUCUGCUGUACUCCACUGGACAGCAGUAUCACUACCUCUACAAGAUGCUCGGGCUAGGGCUGUGCAUCAGCAGGGCGUCAGCGUCGGUGCUGAACCUGAACUGCAGCUUGGUGCUGCUGCCCAUGUGUCGCUCCCUGCUCACCUUUGUCCGAGGAACACACGCGGUAUCGAGCAGGGAAACUCGCAGACUGCUGGACAAGAGCAAGACCUUUCAUGUGGCAUGUGGAGUUGCCAUCUGCAUCUUCUCCGUUGUACAUGUGUCUGCCCAUCUGGCGAACAUUGUCAACUUCAGUGUGAGCUACUCAGAGGAUUUCCCUGCUCUCAACUUGGCUCGCUACAGAGGAGAGGACCCCAAGCUGAUCAUUAUGACCACAAUCCCAGGAGUCACGGGCCUCCUGUUGGUUCUCAUCCUCUUCCUGAUGUUUACUUCAUCUUCCUACUGCGUACGGUUGUCCAACUAUGAGAUCUUCUGGUACACACACAACCUCUUCAUUGUGUUCUACAUCAUCCUCAUGGUGCACAUGGUCGGAGGCGCUCUGAAGUAUCAGACCAACUUAGAGGCCCACCCUCCUGGCUGCCUCGGAACCAAUCAGAGCAGCACGGAGCAGCAGCGUGAGGAGCUGGAGGCGGGUGAGGACGAAGAGAGAAGAUGCGGAGAGGAGGCUCACUUCCAGCCGCACUACCCUCAGACAUGGCUUUGGGUGUCCGGUCCUCUCUGUCUGUACUGUGCCGAGCGUUUCUACCGCUACAUCCGGAGCAGCGACCCUGUUACCAUAGUGACAGUCAUCAGGCACCCCUGUGAUGUCAUUGAGUUGCGCAUGCUGAAGAAACACUUUAAAGCUCGACCCGGACAGUAUAUUGUUCUUAACUGUCCAGGUGUCUCUUCAUUUGAGAACCAUCCCUUCACACUCACAACGGUUCCCACAGAGAACAAGGACACUUUUGGCAUUCAUCUCCGAGUCGUGGGAGACUGGACUGAGCGGUUCACACAGCUGUUACUUCCUGAACCAAGGAUAGACUUGGAGAUCCUUCCCAUGGUGCAACAGAGGAGAUACCCAAAGCUCUUCGUGGACGGUCCCUUUGGAAGUCCAUCAGAGGAAGUGUUUAACUACGACGUCAGUGUUUGUGUCGCGGGCGGAAUAGGAGUCACGCCAUUUGCCUGCGUGCUGCAUGCUCUCCUUGAUGGAUGGACAGGUUUCAGGUUGCAGAGGUUGUACUUUGUGUGGGUCUGCAGGGAGCUCCAGUCCUUCUACUGGUUUGCUGAGCUGCUGUGUGCCCUUCAUCACAAGCUUUGGCAGGAAAACCGACCGGACUACUUCAAUCUGAAACUGUAUGUCAGUCAGACAGACAACCUUCAGAGCAUGUCGGAGGAGAAGUACCGUCCACUCACCUCGAGGCUGCUGGUUGGUCGGCCCAGGUGGAAGUUACUGUUUGAUGAGAUCGGGAAAACCAACAAGCAUAAGCGGGUUGGGGUUUUCUGUUGCGGACCAAAGGGCAUCUCCAGGACUCUCCACAGACUGUGUAACUCAUCCCGAUCCUCUGGAACAACCUUUGAAUUCAACAAGGAGUCCUUUAGCUGAUCGAACGUCCAAGCUGGUUUUAUGUUUCACUGAAAAACUUUGCCAAUUGACAUAUGAAAGUGGACAAAAGAACUUGAACAUUCACAGACUAUAUUGUUUUUCAUAUGCACCCCCCUAAGGUCACAAAAGACCCCAUAAAAAAAAAAAAUCUUAACAAACAGCCCUAUCCACGACUGACAGUUAAAAGAUUCAAGAAACAAGAAAAACAGAGGAGACCAGGCUGAAAUUCCACAAACACAACAACAUAAUUAUUAAGACGAGGGAAUUCAUCUUUCAGUGCACCAGGCAGAAACAUCAUGCAGGGAUCAGCUAUUUUAAAAAAAUGUAUCCUUUAAAAAACAGUUAAUUAAAAUGAACACAAAGGUGGAACCAUGUCGGAAAAUCAAUUGUGAAAUUAAGAACAAAUUAAGUGUCACAACAAAGAACCGGUACCGACCAGGCGCUACCAACCAAAAAGUAUCAGUGUGUCCCACUCACGGAAGCAGGAUUUGUGGACGGCCUUCUGGGAAAUGUUGCUUAUCAUCAUCAGAAUCUGCUGGGAUUUGCUUUCAAGAGAGAGAAGGAGUGGACAUGAUGGACACCUGAUUCAGUCUUUGGCCAGUUUAUAAUCUAAUGUACACCCUCCCGCUUUGUGUUGGUGUUGUAUUUGCACUGACAGCUCAACGAAGCACCCUUCUUUAAGGCGUAAGAUAUAAACACAGCAGCAACCUUCAUAUAAACUUCCAUCUCUACAACAGAAACAGGAACUAUUAAGUUUUGUAAAAUUGUUUUGGUAUAAAAGAGGCAACAUCGAGAAGAAUACGACUUCCAAGCUUUUGGUGGCAUUCCUUUUUUAAUGUAAGCAAGUUUAAAGGCUGCUUGUCUGACAGCUACAACGAAAUGAACCCACUGUCUGUGAUUAACUCCUUUCCACUCACCUCUGAUAUGUUUGGGAUGGCACUUUAUAUAAUGUGACUUCCAUGUACACGCUAAAAGGAGUGGAAGUAAGGAGAGGGUGUAGCGGCACGAUUGAUAUUGGGCCUUUGCUUUUACUUUAGUUGUUUGCUGUUCAUAUGUGUAUCAAAAUCUGUCUUUAUACAAAGCAAACCUAAACUACACCUCAAGCCAGUAUUCUUAGUUGUUUUUGUAAUUAUUUAUAUUGUAUAAAGUUAUUUUCUAAUGUUAUGAGAAAAACUUCUGCAGGGUUUUGGCAAAGUGUAUGUCAUUAUUAUUAUUAUCUUUUAUACAUAUCUCCAGAAAGUCAAGUUACUCAUACAAAGAAAUGAGGAGAGUGGUGGUUUCUGCAAAGAAUCAACCUCUUGAUAUUUCUGAUGUGACUGAAACAUAAUCACUGAAAUUGUGAUAAACUACCAUUUAUUUAGCAUUUCAUAUUUAAAUAUUUGAAUGUUGAAUUGUUUGUCUGUUUUUAGGAUUGUUUCUAUAGUUAAGAACAAUGCAAAGCUUGAAAUAAAGAGAUGUUCUAUUUA